CACUAAAUUUAAUUUAUAUUGUUUACAAAUUUUAGGACAAAAUAAGUCUUAUGAAAAGUUGCGGUAUAAACUCUAAAUUAAAAAUAACAAGCCAAUAUGUUUCUGUCCAUCGCGCCGCCUUUAAUGGACUUCGAGGACGAGCUGCUGUGGAUAAAUCAAACGAACAGCGAGAAAGUGGAGAUUUUGUAUGACAAGUCCAACUACGUUACUCCCAACACAAAACACCUCAUCGAACAGGCUUUUCUUCAGCCCUUAAGUCUGCAGGAUCAGCACAUUUUGUUUGACGAUUUGCUAAAGCAGAACACGGACAUUGCACGCCAAUAUGGACUGACUCCGGCCAAACUACCUCAACUAGUUGAAAACAAUCCACUCAUUUCCAUUGAGAUUUUAUUAAGACUGAUGAUGACCACCGACAUAACUGAGUAUUUCAACAUAUUGGUUAAUAUGGACAUAACACUGCACUCCAUGGAAGUGGUCAACCGACUAACCACAUCGGGUCCAUUGCCCACGGAGUUUAUCCACUUAUACAUUAGCAAUUGUAUCUCGACCUGUGAAACAGUUAAGGAUAAGUACAUGCAAUCCCGACUUGUGCGCCUAGUUUGCGUAUUUCUUCAAUCAUUGAUUCGAAACAAGAUUGUGAACGUUAAGGAAUUAUUCAUUGAAAUCGAAGCCUUUUGCGUUGGAUUCAGCAAGAUCAAGGAAGCGGCAGCCUUGUACCGUCUCAUCAAACACUUGGAAACAGGAGAAAGUGCUCUGUCUUCGAACUCCCUGUCAAAGUAAUAAACUACUUUCUUGUUAUGGUCAAAACUUAGUUGAUAAAUAGCCAAAUAAAUACAAAAACUCGCUCUCUA